AGAAGAAGAAGAAAUAUCCCAGCAAAGUUUAUCCGCUGUUCAACAAAGUCCUCUGUUUGCCUGAGUAUCUUUGUGGAUACGAAGAAAUUUGAGUGAUAUAUUUCAAUUCCAUUGUGGGAUAGACUGAAUUCUGAAUGUAAAACCGAAUUUGACAUUCGGGUUAUUCGAAAGUUGGAAUCUUGCAACUAUCUUGGGAGUUGGGGAUUCACCUCAUUAGUUUUGCGGCGAAAGGAUACUCUCUAUUCUUUUUAUCAGCUCUCAAUGCGACCUGGGGAAUGGAGAUUUCAGGUGUUUAAUUGCUGUUUGUUUGAUAUUGGAAGAAUUGGUGUCAAGUAAACCAACCAACCCUUUUCGAGCUGUUCAUUUUUAUCAGGUAAUUUGUAGCUCCUGCCAAUUGAAAAGUUCUUUGCCACGACCUUGGAUUCGGUUUAUAUUUUACUUUUGUUAUGGAAUUGCUGUGUUGUGUUUAGUGUAAAGAUGGCAUCUUUUCCUGUUGUCUCCAAUAAUGGUUUCUUGAUAGCUCAAGGGAAAUUCAAAUUUCAUGUUGGAGCCUCGAUAUCUUUGGAUAGAUAUAGGUGUAGAAGUUGUUCAUUUUCUCAGCUAUACAGUAGUAGCUCAGUUUCUGUGCCUGUUGUCGGUUGGAAUUAUAGUCAUUGUUCAUUUCAAUAUGGUUUGAGCUUACAGACCGCCAGGCUUAAGUCUCUCAUCGAUGAGAAUAGCCAUGGAGAAACUCAUAUGGUAGAAAGGAGAAAGGAAAGAUAUAGGAAGAGAAAAAUAGCAUUAAGAUUGAGACCAAGGUUGAGAUUGUUCUGGAAAAGAUUCAGAAAUGGUCGGAUUAAUUCGAUCUUAAAUGGUCUUGGAACAUUUCUUCGUGAGAACCGAAGAAAAAUUACACUUUCAACUUCCAUUUCACUUGUGUUAGGAUUAUGCUUUUUCUUUCUAAAAGUUACUGCAAUGCCGACACCAAAAGCUGUUCCAUAUUCGGACUUGAUAAUGAGCCUACAAAAUGGAAUGGUUUCUAAGGUCUUGUUUGAGGAAGGCACUCGUAGAAUAUACUAUAGUAUGAACACAUGGGUUAAGGAAGGCACUCAAGUAUCUGAACAAGGCAGUGGGAAUGUUGAUCGUGCUAGCAAUGGCCACGUAAAAACCCGUCUAGCAGGUGGAAAUGCAUUAAAGAAAAUGUUCAAAGGACGAGCUCCUACCCCGUCUUGGCAGUUUUCUACCCGAAAGAUUGAUCACGAUGAAGGCUAUCUUCUUAGUCUGAUGAGGGAAAGAGGAACUUCAUAUGGUUCUGCUCCUCAGUCAGCGCUCACAUCAUUAAGGAAUACAUUAAUCACUGUGCUAACACUAUGGAUUCCAUUAGCUCCUUUAAUGUGGCUUCUUUACCGUCAAAUUUCCACUGCCCGAAGCCCAGCUAAAAAACGAAGACCAAGUAACCAGUUGAUUACAUUUCAGGAUGUAGAAGGUGUCGACACUGCAAAAGUGGAGCUUUUGGAGAUAGUUUCAUGCCUACAAGGUUCGACUAAUUAUAGUAAGCUUGGUGCCAAAUUGCCUAGAGGAGUGCUACUUGUGGGGCCUCCAGGAACUGGAAAAACCUUACUUGCUCGUGCAGUGGCUGGCGAAGCUGGAGUACCAUUUUUUUCAGUUUCUGCCAGUGAAUUUGUUGAGUUAUUCGUUGGGAGAGGAGCUGCACGCAUAAGAGAUCUUUUCAAUGUUGCUAGAAAGGAAGCACCUUCUAUAAUUUUCAUUGAUGAACUAGAUGCUGUGGGAGGAAAGCGUGGGAAAAGUUUCAAUGAUGAAAGAGAUCAAACACUGAACCAGUUACUGACUGAAAUGGAUGGCUUCCAGUCCGAUGUGAAUGUUGUUGUUAUAGCUGCAACUAAUAGACCAGAAGCUUUAGAUCAAGCUCUUUGCCGACCCGGACGCUUCUCUCGGAAAGUAUAUGUGGGACAACCAGAUGAAAUUGGGAGGAAAAAAAUUUUGGCCAUACAUUUUAGAGGAGUGCCCUUGGAGGAAGACCUUGAGCUAAUAUGCAACCUUGUAGCACCUCUUACUCAGGGCUUUGUAGGAGCUGAUCUAGCAAACAUAGUCAAUGAAGCUGCUUUACUUGCUGCACGUAGAGGAGCUGAAUGCGUGUCGAGGGAGGAUAUAAUGGAAGCAAUUGAAAGAGCCAAGUUUGGGAUCAAUGACUGGAGACCGAGCUCUAGUACUCUAGGCAAGGAGCUCGGAAAAUUGUUCCCAUGGGUGCCUUCACUGGUAGGAAGGAAUGACGCGAAACAGAAAGGACUUGAUGGCCCCCUUGGAUAUCAAACUCUAAGCUGAUGAGUUGCGUUCCUCAUUCGUUACUUUUGGCGGGAUUGGGAUGCAAAAACAUUUUUGAUUUAUGUACGGAAACUGGAAAGUGAUUGUAUACAAGUAGAGUUCUGGUGCAAAGUCCGCUUCAAGAAUGUGGCGCUGCACAUAUUUUUCGACAAUCAACUUGUUUAUACCACGAUUAACAUAGCCAAAAGCUGAGAAUAUUUUUAUGUCGAGAUGAUGAGAUCUUACAGGAAAUUAGGAAGACAGAAGUAUGGUUUCUGUAGUAGAAAAGUACAUACUGGAUUGUUUCCUGGCCAAGAACUAGGAAAAUACAUAUUGCAUUCCUAAACUUAUUAUAGAUUCUGGAUCAUAUGGUCUGCGACAGAUGAACGUGGACUAAAACACCAAGAGCACAAUGUCUGCACUUAACAAUUACAAUUUGGA